AUAUACACCAAAUAAUAUAAUAAAAAAAUAUGAAAACCUAAUUGCUAAAUUUAAUUAAUGAGUAUACGAGAAAAUCAGAUAUUUUUUAUUUUAUAAAUAAAAAUAUUCAAAAUAGAAAAAAAAAUAGAGUUUUCUUGUAUAUCAUAAUAUCCAAACAAAUUGGUGAUUAUCUGUUACGGUGGAAUCAUACAAAAUAAAUAAUUUAUAUUAGCGAAAAUGGAUUUGCAUUGGAAAAAAACGAUGGGUUAGAAUGGAAUCUUUGAGAGAAUCCAACUUCUUCUGCCCCACAUCGAACACACUUCGUGUCACAUCGAAUACCUUUGAAUUCAAACUCAUAUUUCAGUCUUUUUCUGGAUCAACAUUCUUAUAGAUUCUUUGGUUGUGAUUGGUGACUUCUGUAUCGCGGAAUUCAAAGCGGAAUUUAGAAAACCACAGUGCAUUCACCAAUCAAGAAUCGGGUGCAUAAAAGCGUUUUUUAUUUACUAAAAAAGUUAAAUCCGCACACCUAAAACCAUGUGGUCCCGCAAAAAACGCCUUUACACAGUAGUGACUUUUUUUUUCUGACUUUUUUUGUUUUAGUUAAUAUUUUUAUUUAUAGUAUAUAUGUUAGUGAUACGUGGAAUAAUCUGUAUAAGUGUAUCACUCUUCAUUUUGUUGUAUGUGAAUUCUGAACCAAAGAGAAAUUUGUUUUCUCUCGUACUUAUCAAGCAACAUACGUAUUUUUAAGGUAUGAUUUGUAGUUUAUAGAAAUUAUAUAAUAUACAUUAAAUAAUGUGAUAUAAUAUUGACAUAAUUAGCGUUAGUAAAAUUGGUUCGUAAUGAUGUUAAAUAAUUAUUGUAAACUGAAGUACUUACGCAGGUGAUGAAAUCAAAUGUGUUAGUUUUUUUUUUAACACAAUCAAAUGUGUUAGUCAUAUUUAUUAAUAUUAAUAUAUUUAUGACAAGUGAUCGGUAACUUUAAGCUAUAUAAAUAUUAGUCAUUACAUAAAAUGUAAAUUAUAGCUAUUUCAUAUAUUAUUUUAUUAUAUUCUAUAUUUUAUAUCAUUAUUAUUUUACUUUAAAAAAAUUAUCCAAUACCGCAAAUAUAUAUCGUCACCAAUCAAACAAUAUUCCGCACCGCUUUUUACUGAAAACCGCAGUUGUACCGUACCGCCAUUUCAAUUCCGUACGAACCGCAAUUGUGCCGUCCCGCACUUUAAUUCUGUACCGCUUUUAUUACUAAUUCCGCCGUCACCAAUCGGAGCUUUUGAAAUAAUAUGAGCAUUUAGAGAUAUCUUUCUCGGGAACACCGAUAAUUUCCUAUCAAUUUUGUAUUUUGUUGAAAGCCAAUUCAAUUUUUUUUGUUAGAUUCUGUUAAUAUGUUUUUAUUUUCUCUUGGAUUUUAUUUUUUAAUUAUAAAAAAUUAUUUUAUUAGGAAUAGAGAGAACCAGUACUUUUUAUGAGUAGCAGCACACUUGAAUUCUAGGUCCAUCUUAGGUGCAUACUACUUUUAAUGGAGUAUAUUACAUACCUUUGUUUUUGCAUAAUACGCUUAAUGUAGUAUGAUUCUUUUUUUUUUUUGUUACAGGCGUACUGUAGAUGAUUAGGUCCCAUAUUGGAUACAUGUUCCUCUAUUUGUUAUUCAUAUUUUAGUGAUCUAUUUUGUCAAAGCCUCAUUGGUCGACAAGAUUAUAAAAACUGUUUUACAUAUAGUUAAUGUGUGAAAAUAUAUUAUUUUAUAUGAAUAAAUUCUAAAUAUAGAUUUUGGUAAGACUUUAAAAAAAAAAAUUAGUUUUCUUGAACCACAAAAUCUAAUCAACUUAUAUGGGUUAAUUAUGAGGACAAUUUUUUUAGCUUUUCUAAUUUCUUUAAUUUCUUACUUGAAAUUAACUUGUUUUCUUCAUAAUACAAAUAUUUUGUUUUCCUAAUCCAUACAUAUUUUUGGAUUGGUACAAAUUAUUUUUGCAUUUUCAUAUUAUAUUAGAGAUGUAUCACAGUUCUAUUUGGAAAGAUCAUUGGCCAAAUUUCCUCAAUAUCUUUCCGAAUAGAGAUAUGCCACGUUUCUAAUAUGUAAGGAACAAGUACAUCUUGAUUAGGAUGUGAGAAUAAUAUGCACAUAUAGCCAUCUAAGCGUUCUUAUUGUCAAUUAUCUUUAGGAACUAAUCCCAUCUCACUGAUUAGGAAUAAAAUAUUUUGUAUUUUUUAUUCUAUUUAACAGAAUGCUUUUAAUUGUCAAGAAGAUAUUAUAAAAAAGAAAUAAACACAUUAAGAAGACGAUGUGCUUAUGUUCUAAAAUAUUCUGUCUUCAAGUUCUAAAAUGUAAGCUGCAGUGUCCUUUUUAUUAACCCUUAAACGAUGAUAAUGAAUUUAUGAUAAAAUGAAACUAAAUUUUAUAGUAUUAUCAUAUUUAUACUUAUCAAAAUUCAUUUUUAUGCAUUGAAUAUACUGUGUUGGGAUUUAUUUAUUUUAUAUGAACUUAUUAUUAAAUUUAGAUAUAUAUAAAGAAAUAAAUUAAUAUUAGCAUGGAUCAUUUUGUUGUAGAGAUUUUUUCUCUGUACGUAAUUUUAGUUUCUAAAUAUUAUAAUAACUAGAAAGAAAUAAAUAUUAUAAGUAAAUAAAAUUAUAUUACAUAGAAUCAUCAUAUUCUAUAUAUUCAUUUCAUGUACUUUCAUUUUUUAUAAAUAAUUAUAAGUAAAUACAACUAUAUUACCUAGAAUCAUCUUAAUUAAUUAAUCUUAUUGAAUUAAAUUAAUUUUAAUUUUAAUAAUUCAAUUAUAAAAUAGGAUAAUAUAUCAUCUAUGAAUUUUGUUUAAUAGAUUAUUAAAAUUAUUUAAUUAAAUAAUUUUAAAUAUUUUGAGAACUUAAGAUAGAAAAGCCGAAAUUAGCACACAAAUUUGGAUGAAACCAUAUAAAAAUACUAUUAAAACAUCAAAUAUUAUGUUUUUUUGAAAAAUAUGCACAUAAUCCAUUUUUUAUAUGCCUGAUAAGUAAAUUAUUAUACCUUUGAUUUUUACAUAUCUCGAUUUUUAAUAAUUUUUAUAAUCACUAAAUGCUCCAAAUUUAAUGUUUUGACAUCUUAUAUUUGGUUAUUUUAAAAAUAUUCUCUUUUAUUAUAUAUUUAUAUAUAUAAUAAAAAGAAGACAUAUUUUAGCUCUCUAUUUAUUUAAACAAUAAUUUUAUGUGAUGUUUAUUUUUAUCAAAAUAAAUCAAAAGUUUUCCAAAGAACUUAUUUUCAAAUAGCGUAUUAAUAGUAUAGUACAUAAAUAAUUGAGGAAUAAAACUAAAUUAGAUAAAACUGUAAAGCUUAGUUUUAGAAAUUAAUUAUGUUUUCAAUCCCAUUUUAGGCAGAACUGAUCAACUAAUUAUUUUAUUCCAGUUUGAUUUAUUCAAUUAAUAAAAUUAAACGCAGAUAUAUAGCUCAGAAGCUUAGAAAAAAAUAUCAUUUAUUUGCAUCAAGCAUCGUAAGACAAAAAUAAACAAUUAGCCUACUAAACAUCAUUAAAAUUUUGUCUUUCAUAUUUUUUUUUAUGUUUUUCGUAUUAAUAAAAUACUAAAACAUUUUAUCAAUUUUUCUAAAAAUUUCACAUCUUAUGAAAAAAUUAAUUUAUUAAUCAAAAUGGAAUUUGAUACAUAUUUUCGUAAAUAUGUUUUGUUUUCUUGGCAAAACAUUUGGCACAACUGUGUAUUAAACAUAUGUUGUUCAUCUUUCUUUUUUGCUUCAUAAAUUACUUACAACAAAUCUGAGACUAUGGAUACCUUAGAUUCAAAGAAUGUUGUUUUGAGUGUAUAUUAGAUUCAAAAUUUUGGAAUUACAGAGUAUUUAAUAUACAAGACACUGUAUACAGAAACAAAAGAUAUGUAAUCUAAAAUAACAUAUGAAAAACUCAAACACUGUAAUCAAAUUAAUAUAACUUUAUAUUACUAACAUGUAAAUCCCCUGUUUCUUUUAUAAAUUAUUUAUAGAAUUUUGAAUUUAAUAACUAUAUGUAUCAUGUGCUAAUAAAUUUAGAGAUGUACUUUGAAUAUUAAAAUUUUGGUACUAUUAAAUUUGAAAUGGUUAUUUUUAAAUAACUCAACCAACACGCUAAAUAUAGCGCUAAAUUAUAUACAGUAAAAAUCUAUAAUUUAAUAAUAUUGGGAGUAUAGAACUUUAUUAAUUUAUAGGAUUCUUUUUUUAGAUUUAUAUCUUUUAGAAUAUAUUUUUUCCAUAAUAAGAAAAAAAAAAAAUUUAUUUCACUGUUUAUAUAUUCAUUAAAUUUUAUACAUUCAACUUGCAUAUCUUUUUAUUAUAUUAUUUGAUGUAUAUGAGAUAUGUAUCAUGCAAUUUAAAUGUGUUUUAAAAUUAGUUCUUAGAUAUUAUCAAAAUAAUAAGAAAUCUUAAGAAAAAUAGAAAUAAUAUCCACUAUAACAUAAACAAAUAAUACAAUAUAUCAUUUCUACUUAUAUAAACGAUAUAUAUAUAUAAUUUAUUAAUUUAUUAUUUUAGUGGGAUUAUUUAUUUACAUGGGAUCUUCAAAAAAAAUGUUAUCUUUUUAUUUUAUUGAUUUGUGUUAUAUUUUGCACCGGUCAACCGAUAAAAUUUAUUAAUAUAGUCGUUAUUAAUUUAUAGAUUUGUUACUGUAUAUAGUUACAUGAAAACUCUAGAUUUGUAAAAUUCAAUUAAAUAAAUCAUCUGAACUAUGUUAUAAUCAUUCUUUCAUUUCAACCCAAUUUUUUUUUGAAGUUUAAUUUAUGAUGAAAAUCCGGUAUCAUACUCCAACAUUUGCUUGUUAACACCUCAUUAGCUCAUUUUGAUUUAAUCAUAGCUAGUCAAUAUAUUUUAAUUGUUAACUAGCGCGCAGGUUUUUGUUCUUCGUAAUUAUAUAUUUUAACUCAUGGAAAUCACAUAAGUUAAAUUGUUUAUACUUAUUAUAUUAUAGAUUUGAUGUUAUUCAUGUUUGACAUUGAGAUUGUGUUUUUCUUUUCUUGUGCUUUUAUUUAAUUUAUUUGGUAAAAUAAACAGUAAAGUGUUAAAGGUUUAAGUAUACUUGUGGGUUUUAGUAAAUUAUAUUAUAUAUAUUUUCUUUUAAAGUGAAUAUAUUGUUCAAAAUUUUUAUUGAGUUUUUUUUAAAUUAAUACAUUAUUUAGAUAAAAAAAUGAAACCAAGUUACAAAAAGAACAUUCAAAAAUAUGAAGAGAAUUAAUGUCAAAAAUAAAAAUAAGAACAGAUUUUAAAAUUUUUAUUUUGCAAACUUAAUUUAUAUUAUUAAUUGGGCCAUUUUUUAUGAUUUUAAAGUUGGUCCAUCAUAAUUUACAAUUACAUAGUGGAUAUGAGCCCAUAAUUUACAAUCACAUAGUGGAUAUAAGCGCAUAAUUAUCAAUAAAAACCUUUUCCAAUGAUCCAAGUCCAUAUGUUAUUUUUCCAAGAAAAAAAUAAAAACGUUUUUCCCAUCUACCGACUUUUCUUAUCCCAUCAAAAGUUCUCUAUUCUUAUCUCUAUUCUUAUCUCUUUCCCCGCAGCCGACAAAAUUCUGACGCAUGCUUUCUCACAAUUGAUCUAAAUAAGUUAAUGUCUUCACUCUAAGAUUAUCAGAAGAUAGAUCUAUUGAUAACUUCAUCUUUUGGCAUAAAGAGACCAGCUAAGGUAUGAAAUACCAAGAGCCUUCAAUCGGGGAUGAAUAUUUCUUAAAGCAUUUUGCAUAAUUGUAUAAAUAUAAUCUAUAACUGAAUAGCCAUUUAUGGAUAAAAUAUUUAAAAGAACUUAAAUAUAUAUACAAUAUAUUUGCAGAUUUUUAGUUGACGAUGCUAACUAAUUUUUGGUAAAAUUUUAAAUUUAGAAUCAUAAUCAGUUAUUUACGGAUAUAUAUGAAUUCAUCAAAAUUCCUUCUUCUAAAUCUAAACAAUUACCAAAAUAAAAUUCACUAAGGUAUAUACAUUGAAUAAAUAAUUGUUAACUGCUUUUGGUCUAACGUAAUAUUUCAUAUUGGUUAAGUGGGAAUAUUUUCUUGGCAGAUUAAUAUAGAAAUUACUGGCAUACUGGAAAUAUUUCUUGGCAUAAUGUAGAACGAAAUUAAUGGGUUAGCGAAAGUAUAAACCUAUUGUGUUUAGAUCAGUGGCAUUAGAUUGUAAUUAUUAAAGAAAAUUCAGGAUCAAGUUUUAUUUGUACUCAUGUUUUAAUAGAUUAGAUUAAGAGUAUCCAAUGUACUCUAGGUGGAACUUGAUGUAAAUCUGAAAUGUUCAAAAAAAAAUCUUUUAGAGAAUAUAAAUAGAAAAAUAUCUCAUUAAUACUUUUAGAGUCGCGUCCACAAAAGAAAAAAAAUCUGUAAUGAGAUUGUUUUCAUAAAUGGUCUUGUUUUAAGUUUUUUGACAAAACAAAAAGGACAUAAGGAAAAUUUCUAAACCAUAUAUGUCUUUUCCAGGGUUUCUAUAUAAAUAGCUUUUAAAUGGUUAAUAGAUUAUGCAUAUUUGAUUAUUCUUUCAUUUGGAUUUAAAAAUGGCUUCUGGUCGUGAUAGCAGCUCAAGUGAUGAACAAGAAACUUCUCUGUACACCAGUGAUGGGGAUAAAAGGAUUUACCAUCGCCACUCUAAUCAUCAAAUUCAAAAGCUUGAAGCGUAUUUCAAGGAGUGUCCUCAUCCAGACGAUUUGCAGCAACUUAAAUUGGGCGAAGAACUGAAACUUAAACAAAAACAAAUCAAAUUUUGGUUUCAAAACAAAAGAACCCAAGCCAAAGUUCAAAAUGAAAAAGCAGACAAUGCAUCACUUAGAACAGAGAAUAUGAAAAUACGACGUGAGAACGAAGCAAUGCAAGAGGCAUUGAACACUGUGACUUGCCCUCCAUGUGGUGGCCCUCAUCCUGAGCAAGUAGAUCGCAAGCUCUAUUUCCAAAACCUCAGUGCAAAUAACGCAUAUCUCAGAGAAGAGCGUGACAAACUCUCAAUUUUGGUAUACAAGACCGAAGGCCAUCCAAAACCUAUUGUCAAUGCUUUAGCCUAUCUCCAUGGUCCAUCAUUGCACGCAUCGACUUCCAACAACCCACAUGUCACAUAUGGAACCUCUUCCAACCAUCUCGUGGAGCCGCCAAGCUUGUUAAGAGAACUAUACCUUCGUGAACACAUCAGCUUCGCCCAACCGCCUCAGCCGCGACAACUGCAAUGUUCCCCGCCACUAUCUAAUAUGGAGAAAGUGAUGAUGACUGAAGCGAUGGUAGCUGCUGUGACGGAGGUUAUAACUCUGAUUCAAACUGAAGAACCAAUGUGGAUUAAGUCGUCAAUCGAUAGUAGGCUCGUAAUUGAUCAAGAGAACUAUGAGAAAAAGUUUACUAAAAAUAGCUAUUUUAAGACUCGUAUUGAGUCUUCCAAGGAAAUCGCGGUGAUUCCAUUGGAUGCCAAAAACUUGGUGAACAUGCUCUUAGAUACGGAGAAAUGGGCGAGUCUUUUCUCAACAAUUGUGAGCAAAGCUAAAACAAUUCACGUGCUGGAAUCCUCGAAAUUGAUGUAUGAGCAACUGCACAUACUGUCGCCAUUGCUGCCACCAAGAGAGUUUAUGAUUCUAAGAUGUUGCCAACAACUGGAGGAAGGUCUCUGGGUGAUUGCUGACGUUUCUUACCAUCAAGUAGCCUUUGAGUUUGAGUUUGGGACUCCGGCUUGCUACAAACGUCCUUCCGGUUUUCUCAUCCAAGCCAUGCCCAAUGGUCACUCUAAGGUGACGUGGAUGGAGCACGUGGAAGUAAAUGAUAAAGUGCGGGCACAUCGGAUUUACAGAGACCUCUUAUGCGGCGGCUUUGGCUACGGAGCUCGCCGUUGGACCGCUACUCUUGAGAGAAUGUGUGAGAGGCUAUCUCUCUACUCUGUCUCUGACUUCCCGACGACUGACGACCCCGGAGUUGUGAAAACCAUAAAUGGAAGAAGGAGACUCAUGGAUUUAGGAGAAAGAAUGUUGAAGAAUUUUGCAUGGAUACUAAAUAUGCCUGAAAAAUCUGAUUUUUCGCAACAGUCUGCAACCAACAGCAGCGGAGUUAAUAUUUCGGUGCGUGUAAACAAAGAAGCCGGCCAACCGGUCGGUCUCAUUGUCUGCGCUUGUUCAUCUUUAUGUCUCCCUCUUGCUCCUCUCCAAGUCUACAACUUCCUUAAAAAUCUCGAGGUUCGCCACCAGUGGGACGUUCUCUGCCAUGCGAGUCCGGUUACUGAGGUCGCUCGCUUUGUCACUGGAGCAAACAAUAAGAACUGUGUGAAUAUUCUCCAGCCUUCAAGUGCAGCGGAGGGUGGUGACUUGAUGAUAAUACAAGACAGCUUCAUAGAUGCAUUAGGAGGUAUGGUGGUCUACGCUCCAGUGGACCUAAGCACUGCACACGCUGCCGUUUCAGGUAAUGUCAAUCCUUCUGACAUUCCAAUCCUCCCAUCCGGUUUCGUCAUCUCCCGUGACGGCCGUCCCUCCGCAACCGCUGAGCUAGACGGUGGCUGUGACAAUUGUAAGACGCUCCUGACGGUGGCUUUCCAGAUCCUUGUCACUGGUCCGACUAUCUAUGAAGAACUCCAAAUGGAUAAAUGGACCACCUCAGUCGAUACCUUGAUUAGCUCCACUAUUACAAAGGUUAAAGCCAUGCUUAACUGCCAUGAUGGACAGUGAGAGCUGUUUCACAGUUCUCAAACUAUUUGGUUCUGUUUCUUUUAUUUCAAAUAAUGCUUUGAGUGAGAAGACUAUUCUCCGAUAUGAUUCUCUAGUGAAUCAGACUCUAUCUUUCAUUCUUUUGGUUGGUUUACAAACUUAUAAUUUCUAAGGGAAGGCCCUUAGAUAAAUAAUGUUAUGUUUGUUGCCGGUUUGGCUUGUUUGUUUAUGAUAUUGUUCUAAGACUA